AUGACACCGUUUGCUCAUAGGUACAAAUCAAACGAAGAGUAUGUGUAUGUGCGAGGCCGUGGAAGAGGGAAGUAUGUAUGUGAGGAGUGUGGAAUACGCUGCAAGAAACCCAGCAUGCUGAAGAAACACAUUCGCACGCACACAGACGUCAGGCCAUAUGUCUGCAAGUACUGUAACUUUGCUUUUAAAACCAAAGGGAAUCUGACUAAACAUAUGAAGUCAAAGGCCCACAGCAAAAAAUGUCAGGAGAUGGGCGUGUUGGUAUCUUCACUGGUGGAUCUGGAAGCCGAAGAAGGAACCAGUGAAGACCUAUUCCAGGACUCUGAGGGGCGGGAGGGAUCUGAGCCAAUUGAGGAACACCAGUUUUCGGACCUAGAGGAAUCUGACGAUGACGAUGACAAUGAAGAUGAGGAAGAUGAGGAGGAAGAGGAGAGCCAAGAUGAGCCAUCUUUAAAGCUGCCGGAAGGCAAACAUACCACCCUCCCGAUGCACUCUUCAGGUGGCUCUCCAUCUUCUCAAGAGGAAGGCACUGAAAUAGCAUUGUCCUUAGCCCAAGAAACUGUUUCCAGCAGCCAAAAAGUAGGUGAAGGCCAGCAAGCCUCCUCUUCAGGGCUGGAAAAAAAGUGGUCAGCAGACAGCAGUGACAUUGCUGUGUGCCACAGCUUCUUGAGUCUCCACAGACCAGCUUUGACCUCCACCGAACAAUUGGCUUCUGCUGAAAGAGAGUCUGUCACAAGGCCACAGAUGUCCUUAGUUAUGGACCUGUCAACCUCAAAAGACACCUCCCCAAGAAAAAGGUGGUCUCCGAGCCAGGACUCUGGCAGAGGUGGUGGCAGCAGCAGACCAAUGCUAGCAAGAAAGCACCUAUUAACCAAAAAUGAAACUUCACCGAAACGGUUUUCACCAACUGGAGAACUGUCUUCUCUAAGGUUCUUUGGCAAAAACAUACAGCUCUACGAGUCCAAGCUGUGGCUUCGCAGAGUUCAGCCGAGCUCCCAGGAACCGCAGGUCCCGCAGGAGCCGUCAUCCGCAUCCGUCUCCCCGGUUGCAAAGGUUUCUAAAUACACACUGUCCCCGGAGCUUAUGAGCAGUGGUUACUUAGAAGAGAAAAUGAGGACUAGUGAGCUUCAGCAAAAGACAGACCAGGAGGAAUACAGGGUAAAAAUAUUUGCUGAGUUUAGCCACACGGAGCAGGCAGGCUGCUCGGCAUCCCCAGCCAGCCCCAGCACAACCGACGAGCACCCUCCAAAGCCUUCAACAAGCGGGGAAGAACCCUUGAAAAAAACGGGCAAGAAGCAAUCUGGCAGCUCGAGCACUUCUUUUGAAUCAUCUUGCACUUUCAUCUCAGAUCUCCCCUCCCAGCCGUUGGACCGAAGCAGCAGCACUGGCUGCCUCUCAGAGCCCUCAUCGAGCCAUUCGCACGCCCAGCCGUUCUCCAUCCGGAGGAGAAACCUCUCCGGAGAGCCCAGUUGCCAAGGGGGAACCUCCAGGAAGAGCAGUCCACAGCUAGAGCAUGCAGAUUUAGGUCAAACUCAAAAAAAGGUGGAUGAAAACACGGGAAGUACUUAA